AUGCGCAGUGGCUACACGAAGUGCCGAAAAGGAAAGUCAGGACAAGCAGCCACUCGCACAGGAAUUUUCAGAUAUCUGACAUUUCUGGAUCAAGCUGAAGUGGACGCAUUUUCCUUCGACUAUUCUCAAUACGAAUCAACGAACCGAAAGAGGCCUAUUGAAGAAAUAGAGAUACCGCUACUUGGACAGCUUUCUGAAAAGAAAAAGACCCACACCCCGAAAAGAUCCCGAGUGGUUAACAUGUGUGAUGAAGAUAGAGGUGCUCUGCGCGAUGCGAUAAACACAGUUAAAGAAAGGGUGGAGGCGGUCAGAAGGAAUGACAAGUUCGAUACGUUUGGCGUUUUCGUGGCUCAAAACUUGAGAGAUACGGACGAAGCGAAAGCUCAAGAGAAGAUACAUGUCAUAGUAACGACUCUGGUGACGAAAAUUAGACAUGUCACUAGACCGCAGGAAUUUCGCCAGUGCGUGGAAGAGGCAUAUCGAUCUAAGAGCAGUCUCCCAAUCCAAGUAGUCAAGCACUACGAAGACAAUGUAAGAAAACCAUCUCCCGAAGAAUGA